AGGCGGCGCCCGCACCACCACGCAUCGCGAUCCAUUCGCCUCGCGACCGAUUCUUAUCAACCUUCGACUCAAAAACACCAAAUAUCUAGUGCAUUCCUUUCAGUCCUUAACCUUUAUUCCCUAUUUUAUUUCGUGAUAGUUAUCAAUCAAUUAGUGAUAAUUGAGAAGGUACUUGGUGGUCUUUCGUCUGUGCUAUUUGAAUGACUGUCAAAAUUAGUGGUAUCUGGAAUUGGACGGUGGGUGAUGCGGUGGUCAGUACAGCCAAUUGCACCAUGGAAACUAUGAGCAAUGUUUGGACGGUGGUGGAGCAUGUCAGGGUGGCCAGCGGAGCCGCAGAGUUGGCCAUCUUCACCGCUUUACUCUACUGGUUCUUUACUUCAAGCCGCGUCGCCGACAUGUUGGAGGUUGUCGGCGAACGCGUCGGCGGGUGGUGUGGGGGCAGCUCCGACACACAUAGCUCGCUGAGACAAGCUGUGAGGGUCCGCCGGCGGCCGCAAACGGUUUACAGCAAGCUGGACGCAGAAAUUACGAACCGCAACAACACCCUGUACAGGGUGAAGGAGACUCCGGCGGUGCCAGCUCCACAGCCAGUCACGCGGCCGCCGGCUGGCCUGGCCUGCGCUAGGUGCGCUCCUCUCUCCAGGGAGUCAUGGCAAGAUCCAAAAGCGACGGACACGGGCAGCGUGAUCAACAUCCUGAACAUCGGCAAGCAGACUUUUGCCAAUGGUGGCGUGGUCUCCCGCUACCUGUGCGACGUAGCGCAGUGCUGCAACCUGAGGACCUUCCACUACAAGGACCUAGUUCCUGACGUAAUAAAAGACGAGCAUCUGAAGCAAGCGGUAGACGACAUGACACAAGAAGAUAUCAACAAGUUAUACGCCAACAACCAAUAUGUCGGCGGCGGCGACAGCGAGUACGCGGCCCGCUUCCAGUCUGCCAGGAGGAGGAUCGAGGCCAGAGCCGUCAAGAUUGUCCAGGACAUCAGCUCGGCCAUGUCCAACGGAGUGCUCAAGUUAGUGGCCUGGUUAUGCCACAAAGCGAUCCGCCGCAUCGCGCGCGGCGGGUGCGGCACGCGGGCGACUUGCGUCGAGCGUUUACGACGCGCCGACGCAGCGGGUGUACCAUUGGUCUUCGUCCCGCUGCAUCGAUCUCACUUCGACUACAUACUUGUGACGUUCACGCUUUAUUUGACUGGAUUGAGGCCUCCGCUGGUGGCUGCCGGGAAUAAUAUGCGCAUUCCUUUCUUUGGUUGGUUCCUCCGCGGCUGCGGCGCCUUCUUCAUCAGGCGGCGGACGGAGGGCGCCGACAGCCAGACUGGAGACCCCGUCUACAAGGCUGCUCUGAGAGCUUACAUCCUGAAUGGUUUGGCGGCAAAUAAUAACAUUGAGUUCUUCAUCGAGGGCGGACGCACCAGGACCGGCAAACCGCAGACACCAAAAGCGGGAAUAUUGUCAGUAAUAAUGGACGCGUACCUCGACGGAACCAUAGACGAUGCUCUGCUAGUACCAGUGACCCUAAACUACGAUAAACUGGUCGACGGAAAUUUCGUCCGCGAACAGUUGGGCAUGCCCAAACAAAUGGAGACCUUCUGGUCCGCUUUGAGGGGCAUUUGGAGGACUUUGAACACUAACCACGGCAGUAUUAGGGUGGAUUUCAAUCAGCCUAUAUCUCUGAAGGAACUGGUAACCUCUUUCCAAAAGUACAACUUUCUGAAGGCGCCCAUUGAGAGGCCCUUGACCCCGCCGAAUAACAAUUUAGCUGUUAACCUGGACAGGCAGAUCUUAUACAAUCACAGUCACUCGAGUCUGUAUGGAGCUGAUGUGACCACGGACCAUAAGAUGAUGGUCGAAGCUAUUGGCAGGCAUUUAGUCUAUGACGCAGCGGAAGCGACGGCACUGAUGUGCACGAACGUGGUCGCGUACGUGUUGCUGACUGAGACUCGCAGCGGCGGCGCGCUGUGCGGCGUGCGCAGCGCCGUGAGCGCACGCGGCGCUGCGUUGCGUCGCGCGGGGCGGGAUCUCGGCUACUCCGGCGCAGACCACGCCGUCUUCAAACACGCCUUGGACAUGUUAGGGCGAGGUCUGGUGCGCGUGGAGGGCGACAACGUGCGGAUGUGCGGCAGUGUGUCCGCGUCCUUAGAACUGUCUUACUACAGUAACUCUUGUGUGGCGCAUUACGCUGCGCCCGCCAUUAUGGCUACUGCGUUGGAAAGCAUACUAGCUCAACCGGACGCGGAUCAAGAAUACGUUUCUCACUGGGACCUGAUGGAAUCCGCCCUACAAUUGUGUUCUAUUCUAAGUCAAGAGUUCAUUCUUUGCGCUCCGUGUACGAGGAUCGAAGAGAGGAUGCUGGAUGCUCUGGACGAGAUGCUCAAUGAAGAUAUCUUAGUUAAAAUACAGGAGGAUGAAGGCCUGGAGGAGCAGCGCUGGGCGCGGCGCCUGGCGCGCCGGCUGGAGGAGGACGAGGCUCCGCGCGCGCGCGGUCUCAGCUACAGGGUCGCUCACUCCGCGCACGCCAGGGCUGAGAGACGACGCCUCCUCCUCACGAUCAGACCUCUAUUGGAAGCGUACUCGACCACCUGCCGCUGUGUCCAAGAUGGCUCCCAGAAAACUGUGGUCAAAACUACACUGGACACACUGACAGAAAACUUCACACUCAACAAGAUGGUAUAUGGUGAAGCGAUAUCAACAGACGCGAUCAGAAAUUGCCUAAGGCUUCUGAAACAGUGGGGACUCAUAGACUUGUACACCCACGGCAAGGACAGAAAUCUCCGCGUUCUCCCGCCCUACAAUGAGCGAGAAACCUUCGACACGGUGUGUACCACCAUCUACAGAUACAACAUGGACUCUCCCCUUCUCAAGUGAUCUGUGAUAACAGUUUUAGUGAUAGUGUUAACAGUGUUAAAAAGUGUUAUCCGUUCUGUGAUGUCAAAUGCAUCGGUGAAAGUAAGUACACUUGACAACCUUUUCUAUUCCUAAAGACUCAAAGUCUAUAUUCGAGUGGACUUAUUUUCGUUUGUUAUUAGUACUUGAAAAGUACAAUCGUUGACAUUGCUCAUACCACUGGGGCCGAUACGGCUUAGGAUUAAAACUUUGAUUUAGACUGUUAGGAUAAUGAUACUGUGUUGCAAAUUUUUUGUAAAGGGUAGUUUAAGUUUAUCUAUAGGCCGUUGAGAAGUAAAUGGCUUUUGAUGACAACUUAUAAAAUUGUUUUAUAUUAUUUUAUAUGACGACGUAAUUUAAAAGCGGGGCCUUAAAAUGUGACUGUAUUGAGUGCAAUAAAAAAGAUAUAAAAUUAUUUAUUUAUGUAUAUAUAUCUUUUUUAUUACUGAAUGCUUGGUUGCAAAUGCAUUUUAAAAUUACAUGUGACAUUUUCAUGCUGACCCUAUCUAUUUAAAUAGAUCUAAAAUUGAUAUGUAGUGUAAUAUUUUAAAAUACGUUUCUGCAGCUAUGCCUACGAUAAUAUAUUCAAUGUACGACUUCUUAAGCAAAUUAUAGUUAAAAUGUGUGUCAAAAAUACGUAAUAAAUACCUAAUAUUGUUAUACACUAGAAAAGAAAAAGAAUCGCCAGCAAUAUAAAUAUUCUCCCUUGGAAUUGGGAGUAUAAUUGCAACACAGAUUAUAGAUAAUGUCAUAUAACCUUCUGCUUAUAUUUAUUCCUACUUUAGUACUAAGCAGGGUACAGACGCACUCAACGUAAACGACGCAUUUCUUAUAAUAGUUUUCACCAAGCAAUGAGAGGUAAAACAUAAUAUUAGUACAGUUGACAACACAAAUGUGUUAGCAUAUGGACUCGAUAGACAAAAGUUUUUUUUUCUAUUCAAGAUUUAUUUUAUACUUGUGAAUAGAUCAUUUUGAGAAUGAUCACAAAUGAUUAUCGGCUGUAGUUGUUCUACAAAUAUGAUUGUAAACUGAAUAUACAGUUGAGACCAAAAUUAGUAGAAAACAAUUCACAAACAAGAUUUGGUAUGCAAUGAAAAAAAUAUCUUAUUACCACAAUGUUUAACUAUUUUUGAAACCUAACCUUGUGUGAACAGAAUCGAAACACCAAAUUUUUUACAUUGAGUUGAUUUGUUUCAUUAAAAUGUAUAUGUAAAUUAAACAUUUUUUCUCACGAAAUGUGUUUUUUGUUAGCGUAUUAUUCCCAAAAGUGGGAAUAAUACGUUCAUUUUAUACCUUAAAUAAAUAGCAGCAACAUUACUGGUGCUUUAUAUAUUAUAGUUUUCUGUCACUGGACAUAAUUUUUACAGGUCUUCUAUUCUUAAUUGCUGGGUAGAUAGUGCCUGUCAACAUUUAAUUUUUUUCAACAUGUAAAAUUGUACAGAAUCUAAGGCAUUUUGUUCAUAAAGAGACACCAAUCUUCAUUCUAGGUUAGAUUUAGUAUAAUAAUGUCAUGAUUGUGCAAUAAGAGUCAAAAUUAAAUCCGUGUUUUUUGUAAGCCUUUUCCUUUUUACAUAUUAUUCCUAAUUUAACAUUAUUAUUUUAUUUGUUUUUUGGCCCGAAUGAAAACCAAAUGUGAGAGUCCUUAAAAGGAUUAGGCAAUUACUUGAACACAAUUGAGGGAUAUUUUUCCUUUGCUGUUUGUCAGCUACAUCAUUCACAAAAUGAUUGCAAUAUAUUAAUAUUUCCUUCGCUCUAUGAUCCCAAUAUAACAUACAUAUAUUGAAAGGGAACAAACAAAUCUAGUUGUCUCACAAAAUGUAAAAUAUUUAGUUGAAUAAUCCAUGUGCUGAUCGGCAUAUGACGAUCUUAAGGAAAUAACCAGCUUUGACUCGCCUUUUUAUAAGUCUCUAAAGUACUUGUACCGACAGCCAAGAAGAGAUAAUUAUUCAAGUUUCUCCAUAAAAUAUUGUAUUUUACUGUAACCAUACACGACAGUAAACUUCACGAGUAUAUAAAAACUGCUGGGAACAAAUAACAGGUCCCAUUAAUCGUGCCUUAUAACUUCAGCUGAAUCUCGAUCGGUCCGCAAUUUUUUUCUCGGUAACGCCUUUAAUGUCUCAAUUGUACUAACGUUAAGUUAUAAUCGUAUAUCAAAGGUUUUUUAAUAGUAAUUUCUCAAAAUGUGUACUCUACAGUCAGUAAUGAAAGUGAUGAAGAUAAUUGGGGACUCUGUGUCUUCUCUGCUGGCAACCUUGGGUGUUUUUCAACCAAUAUUGUUUUUUUAUUUGGAAGUGCAAUGACAAAGACAUUGUAGUUCGUUUAAAAUCCAAAAUAGUUUUCUAUACUUUCGUGACAGUCUGUAGUUAAAUGGUAAAAGGCACUACUGUUUCAAAACCAUUGAUAAUAGAAACGCUAUGUUUAUAUUCUGUAUUGAACGCUUAUUGGCUGUUGAUAAAAGCCUUAGGGAUAAAUAAUUAUUGUAUAUUUGCCUACUUGGUUGACUAGUUAUUGCUAAUGAGAAACGUAAAGGUUGAAUAAAACAACAUUUGUACAUAGA